CAACGACCACCCAACAAGCCAUGGGAUCACGCGACGUAGGAGCCGAGACAGCCACCUUGCAGUUCACUUACUCCUACCCGAUGUACGAGGUGGACGAACCCGACGGGACCAAGAACACCAUUGCCCUCUCCUCCAUCGCCGUCGGCCUCAUUCUCUUCCUGGAGACGCUGCUUGACGAGGGCCCGGCGACCAGCACUUCUGCAGGCAGGGCUGAGAGGAGCAUCCAGGAGGACCAGCUGGAGGUCUUCCGGCAGAUCGAGGACAACAUCAGCAGCCUGGGCGUGGACGGGCGGGCGUGCGUCCUGAGGUUCAUUUGCGAGAUGCAGACCAACCGGUUCUCUCGUUCCUCUCUCUUCGGCGAGCUCUUCACGCUGCUCUUCACACCCAAACCCGGAGGCGACUACACGGUCCUGAAGGAGUACAUCGCCGCCGAGGAGGAGGGUCGUCAGGGGGGCAAGGACUCCCCUGGCUGCGCCCACAAGUACCGGAUGUGCCCUCUGUCCGUCUUCGCUGCCCUCCGGAGGCUCAGGGGCGACGUCGCGGAGGAGAGGCCCGCGAACGCCACGGUCUCCUCUCCCACGGGCGUGUCCUACCUGAAGGACAGCGUGCCCUGGGCAUGGGACGCGUUUGCGGGCGAAGGGUAUUAGCUGCCGGGCUCGUCCGUCGGUGC